ACUUUAGAAUAUAUGUUCUGAAAUAUAUUUUCACGUUUUUAAAAGCAUUUUAAAUUAAUUUCAAAUUAAUUUUAUAACUCCAUGUGUGUUCAAUAUAUUUAUUCGCGCAUGUAUUACAGUCCCAUUGCAUUGUAUAUAAAUAUUUGUGUGCAGUCUGAUAUUAUUUUCUAUUUUUAGUGUAAUAAAUUAGAUACACUAUUUUGAGUUAAUGGUAAUGAAAUAUCAUUAUCAAAUGAAGGUACUAGUAUGUACGGAAUAUUUUAAAUACAUUAUUCAACAAGAGAAAGAGAGAGAGAGAGAGAAUGAGUGAAUAUGUAUGUUAUAUGCAAUACUGAUAAUAGAAAAGAACAAACGGUAGAGAACUAAAUAAGUUUUUACUUCUCUACUACAUCUUUUUAAGUUUAUACAUCUAUUCGAUAUAAGAAGAUCGUAUAUUUAGGAUAUUUAAGAAUUAUUGAUCAAAUGAUUUUUUAGUGCAAAGAUUAUUUAUUAUAAAAAAAUAAAUAGGAGUUAUAAAUUAACAGUACGAUGGUAAUAUUUUAAAAAGUUGUUAACUAAAUAAUCUCGUGUGCAUGUUUGUAUAAAUCAAUUCCUUCAGAAAUAUUUAUAAACGUAAUCAAAAUUUUAUACACUGAUCAUCAUUUAUAAAACAUUAUUUUAUAUUUGAAAUUAUGUAAAGAUUACAAUCAUAUACGAAAACCAUUGUAUUACUGUAUUUUUUUUUUUUCAUAUUGUUAAUAUCAUCGCAUGUAAUAAAACUUCUAUUUCAUCAAAUUUAUAAAUUAUGUACUUUUUUAUAAUUUAUAAAAAACAGUAAACGAAGAUAUUUAUAUCUUCAACUGUUAUGCACGUAAAACUACAGUUUCUAUUUAAUAUGAAUGAUGUGAAUCAUAUUUUGCAUGGAUAACUCGAAGUAAAAAUGAUAGCAUUUCCAAAAUAUUUAUCCCAGAUGCAAAGCAAUACUAUAUAUAAAUAUAUAAAAAGAGGUUUCGUUUCUAUUUCAAAUAAACAAUACAAAGCACAUCAAGACUUCAAAGGCAUUUCUAGAAAAAUAAAUAAAGCUUCAAGUACAUAUUUUGAUAUAGAAAGUUCAACAGAAUCUUGCUAUAUGAGUAAUGGUAUGCGUCUUAUAUGUGAGCAUAGAAAUUCUUUCACCACCACCGUGGGAUGUUUCGUUCCAGCUGGUGCAAUGUAUGAAACACAGAAUGAACGAGGAAGUGCUUUAUUUCUAGAACAUUUAUUUUUCAGAAAAACAAAAUGUUAUGACAAAGAACAAAUGGAAUGUAUAAUAGAAGAGAUUGGUGGGAAUGUUACAGCUCUUGCUAUGCGAGACUUAUUCCUUUUUUAUGGAACGGUGGUUUCAUGCAAAGUAGACAAAAUCAUUCAAUUAUUUGCAAAUAUAAUUUUAAAUGGAGUAAUAUGUGAUAAAGAUGUUACACAAGAAAAAGUUGUAAUUUUAGAGAAACUUUCUGAGAUGGAAUCAGAUAGAGAAAAAAUUGUAAUGGAUUAUUUACCAACUAUUGCGUAUCAGGGUACUGCUCUUGGUAAUAGUGUAUAUCCUGAAACUGAUACAAUAAAAAAAUUUUCUACAAAAAAUUUAUUUGAAUUUCACCAUCGUUUAUUUCAAACAUGUUAUAUGACGAUGGUUUGCACUGGAUCCAUUUGCUUAAAAGAAUUGCAAAGAAUUGUUUGUAAACAUUUUAACUGUAAUGUUGAGGAUUACAAAUCAUCAUUUGGAGUUUCUAAUAAUUUACGAUUUUGUAAAAAUAUAAUUGAAUAUCGAUUUUCAGCUGCUGAACUUCGAUUCAGAGAUGAUGACAAUGAACUGGGAUAUGCAGCAAUAGGAUUUGAAGGAUCAAAUUACAAAGAACGAGAAGAUAGAAUUACCCUUACUGUAGCCAAAGAAAUCAUAGGUUCUUGGAAUGUGACAAGUGGUGGAGUAAAUCACAAUGCACCAUUUAUUGCACACUUUGCAUACAAUACAGAUUUAUGUUACAUGUACAAAUCCUUUUUUCACCAUUGGGCACAGUCUACCAGUAUUUGGGGCUGUUAUUUCGUUUGUGACUAUUCAACUCUUUUGUAUAUGGUUCGUUCGUUACAAAAAGAAUGGAUGAAAUUAUGCACAGUAAUAACUGAGAAAGAAGUAUCUCGAGCUGUUCAUCAAUGUAUUACAAAAGAUUUGCUGAUACUAAACAAUCCAGAAAAUCGUUUUCUUGACAUUGUUGAAAAUGUUUUUAGAUGUGGAUAUUAUGAACCAGUCGAACACAGAGUUGUAGAAUAUGAGAAAGUAACUGCAGAUAAAAUAAGAGAAGUCUCUGACAAAUAUAUCUAUUAUCAGAGCCCUGUUGUUGUAGCUCUUGGCCGUAUUGAAGGUUUCCCAGAUUAUAUUACGUUAAAAAGUGGUCUAUAUUUAUUACGAUAUUAAAGAUUUACAACAUUAACUGAUAAAA